AUGAGUUUGUUUUCCCGCUCAUCGGAAAGUAGUAGUAGUAGUAGUAGAAGUAGUAGAAGUAGUAGUAGAAGUAGCAGUAGUAGUGGUAGUAGUAGUAGUAGUAGUAGUAGUAGCAGUAGCAGUAGUAGUAGUAAUAGUAAUAGUAGUAGUAGUAAAAGUAGUAGCAGUAGUAGUGGUAGUAGUGGUAGUAGACGUAGUAGUGGUAGUAGCAGUUGUAGUAGUAGUAGUAGUAAUAGCAGUAGUAGUAGUAGAAGAAGAAGUAGUAAUAGUAGUUGUAGUAGUAGUAUAUGUUGUUGUAGUAGUAGUAGUUGUAGUGGUGGAAGUAGUACAGAAGUAGCAGUAGUAGUAGUAGUAGUAGAAGUAGCAGUAGUAGUAGUAGUAGCAGCAGGAGCAGUUGUAGUAGUAGUAAUCAUAGUAGUAGUAGUAGUAGUAGUAGAAGUAGUAGUAGUAGAAGAAGUUGUACCAUGUGCUUUGAGCAUGCUCUUGAAAUUCAUGCUGCUUUACGAAAAAAGGAAUGUCCAACAAGACUCCUCGGAGAGAAAA